GUUUCAGAUUCCGAUUGCUUUUUGGGGACUUUUGCUUACGUUAAAGCGCGCUUUCCACACCUCUGCCUCCGCCGCCGUUCUAAAGGGAAACUGUAGAAUCUGAUUUACGACUCUCUCCAACUUCAAGUAUUUCCCCCUCUGCCAGCGUGCCAGUUGUACGCCAGCGUCGACGCUUUGGUUAUCUCAUGCAGGGCAAUUUGUCAAGCCAAAUAACGGUCUGCGUGUCAGUUUCAGUUCCAUUUUUUGCAUCACGGAGAACAGAACAGAACACAACAUGUCCAAGGGAUCGGUCCUACCACAGUAUAUAGCCGGUUUAUCGGCCAGCUUUGGCGCCAUGUGUACGGGCGCCUCAAUCGGCUGGUCCGAAAUUUGUAAUUUCGAGUUCUUUAAGAGAUUUACUAACUAAUUUCAGCUGUAAAUAAAGAAGCAUUAGUGUACAGCUUAUAAUUCUUUAACAUUGACAUGGCGUUUUCGCACAAAAUGUUCUUUGGACGCCAGUGACAGCUCUGCCAGUUCAAUAUUUCAAUUUUUGCAGCGCGUCUCGCCCAAUUUUCCGCAAUUAAAUUCCACCAGCAAAGCUAUCAACAAAUAUGCUGUCAGGCCACAAACCUUCUAUAUUGUACUUUUAGAAAAGUAAUAUUUGUUAAAGUGAGCGUGUGAGUGCUGGCAUUCGAAUCUACGGAAGUCCUUUUCGUUUGUGCUGUGCUGUUGUUGUUUUGUUGCUUUGGCUACUGCUGUCGCCCUGUAUACGCCCUUGCGUAUAACAAUGGACAUGGAAUACGCCAACAUCAAUGAAUUUAAUGACCGCGACCUAGCGACACGCUUGCGCAACAGCAAUUAUGAAAAAUACAAGUCUCUGGUGCGCAUGCACCUCUCCUUCGAGCUGGAACUAAACACCGACGAGUUCGACAUGCCGUGCCAUGAAAUCGUCUACGAAGAUAAGGGCAAGAUAAAGAAGUGGAAUCGCCUCUCCAAGAAGAAUCGCGGACCUGCCACAGGCUGCACGGCUGGGGCAGGCAGUAAGUCGGCGGGCAACAGUCCCACUGAAACGCUGCAGCAACAAAUUGAUGCAGGCUUUCUGAUGCACCUGGAGGAGCUCAAAGAGUUUCUUAUGCUGGAGAAGAAUCUCACCCAGGAGGGACUAUUUCGCAAGACAGGAGCCGUUUCCAGGCAGAACGAGCUACGAAUGCACAUACAGCCCGACCAGCCCUUGGAUUUGGAACUGACAGGAUUCUCGGCUCACGACUGUGCCACUGUUUUUAAGAGCUUUCUGGCCGAGCUGCCAGAGCCUUUGCUUACAGACGCCCACUAUCCAGCACAUCUUCAGAUAGCGCCGCUUAGCCAGGCAUUAAUGGGGGGUCAGGUGGCGGCUACCGCAGAGCGCCAACAACAUCUUCUCAACUCGGUGCAGCUGCUCCUUCUCCUGCUCCCCGAAGAGCAUCGCGAGUUACUGCAGCACAUUAUUAAAAUGCUCCAUUCGGUGGCAGCGCGUGAGGAGAAGUUCUUCGAAGUUCCCGGAAAGCUAGCCACCGAUAUUCGGGCGUACUUUCUUGAGCGCAAACGCAAAAAAACCAUGUCACCGGAGCAAACCCUUGAAGAAUCCAUCUCGGACGACUCGACGGUCAACACGGUGUACACUUUUGUAGAUCGUGCCGCCACGGCAGCGGCAAACAACAGCAAUUACACGGACACUGCACUGGCGCAGCUGUACGCGCACAUUCAGAGCCGUCCGGAGUCCUCCAAGAAGCGUCGCCUCAUCAAGCAGUUUAACAAGCAAAACGGACAAGGUAGCACAUUGUCUCCACUCCGUUGCGUUCCUUUGGGACACAGCUCAUUGAUUCCACUCGCUCCUUUCAGGCACACCGCUGCAGGUCAUCGCGAGGAGCUCCAGCGUGCCAUAAGGGAGCAUCACGAGAAGCAUGAUGCCAAAAUGAUGCGCGCCAUGGAGGAGGCAGAGCGUAAGAAGUAG